AAGGCCUCCUUACCCAAAUUUUAUUCAUUCCUGGGCUUAAGGGUGGAGGAUUCUAUGCAUCUCAUCACAACAACCUUGACGGUAACAGACUUGAUUCUGAAAAUUCAAUGUUUGGAAUGCAAGUAUCAAACCAAAGACCCUCUUUAACAAAAUAAAAAAACUAUCUAGAUGUCUUGUUGUAGUCUUUUCUGACUCGGUCAAAUUUGACUUAGUUUUCACAGUUCAUUUGCUUGUCAAGUUAAACCACACGUUUGGGAAGAAGAAAUCUUCUUUCAAUCCCCUAUAUAUGUAUAAGAACAACCAAACAAGAUUACCCAAAUUAAAACAAGGCCAAAGCUUCAUUUAACAAUCAUCAUAUAUGCACCGUUAAUUCUGCUCCCCUUGAAAUAAAAAAAAUUAGCUAGCUGAAACAAAAACAACAAGAGAAAAUAUGUCCACAGGUGACUUGUAUGAUACCAAAGAAACAAGAAAUAUGCCAUCAGAGGCAAGCGCGAGUAAUAGUACUGGAAAUGAUUUUGACCAUGACCACAAUAAUAAGAACGAAGAUCGGCAGCUUGAUCCGUGGCUGGUGGAACUCUUGGAAUCUCUGAGGGAAAUCUAUAUGAAAAGAAGUGAAUUGUUUAAGAAAAUGAAUUAUGAAGAACCUGUGGAGGUGUUAAAGAAAUUGAAGGUUGCUAUAAGAAAGAAGAAGAAGUUGAAAACUCAAACUACCAUAAAGAGAAGUUUGAGUGUUGGAGAUGAGAUGAGACAUGAAAGGUUCAAGAUCAAGACUCCUGUUGUCAUAGUGGCUGGACCAAAAGGUCAAGGUGGCCAAGACAAAAAUGGCUCAAAUUAGGAGUGUACAAAGAAAACCGACAAAUCUCACUAAACUGGUAAUUCGAUUCAAACCGAGAAAAAAAACCGACUAGUGGUUUGGUUUGACUUGGUUGGGUGUUGACGAAAAAAACCCGAUCAUAAUUGGUUUGGUUUUAACUGAAAAAAGUCAAACCAAACCGACAUUACAUGUAUACAACGUUUUAGAAAUAUUUUAUACAUAAAAAUAUUUAUUUGUAAUGUAAUUUACAAAUAUUUCUAAAACUUUUACAUAGUCUUUGUCUUUUAACAUAUUAGUUUAAGCUUGGACUUAGAAUUUUGAAUGAUCAAUAAGUUUUAUAGCUCAUGAAUGUUAGUACGUAAUUC